AGAGACAGCUCGAGAGGAAAGGAGAUAACAGAUAGUCGAUUCGAUGGCCACAUUGAAGAGUGAAACGAGAUAAGUUAUCCCCUCCAGCUGCAUGCUGGCAAAAAGGCGUCCGAACUGGCAACUGGAAAUACGUAUUGUCUACAGAUUUGCAGGCAUCCACUGUGUUUACUCACAAAUAUUUUCCACUCGUUUCUUUUCAUUGAGUUAAAGUCUGUCCAAGUGUUUUCUAAGAUUCCUGAGACAUGGCGGAAUUUGUAGAGAAGCGGUUGCAGGACAUGAUUCCUGCGCUGGAGCAAAUGGAGAAGUUAAAACUUUUUGAUAAAAACGAGAUUAAAAGCAUUACCAAAAAACUCGGAAAUUACGAGUAUAAAAUUCAACGACUCACAAAGUGUAAGGAAGAUUAUCUUCGAUAUAUACAGUACCAAAUGGACCUGUUAAAGUUGGUUAAGCAACGGCAGGAUAAACAUGGUAUUACUCUAAAGACAUCAGACAUAGAACAUAGACUAACUAAUAAGAUGAAUAAAUUAUAUCAAGAUGCAAUAUUUAAAUUUCAAGAUGAUAUUCGAUUUUGGAUUGCCUAUAUGAAGUUUUGUAAGCAUGUGCACUUUCAGGGAAAUAUCAACACUAUAUUGGGCAAAGUGCUGCAAAUGCACAGAGAUAAACCAAAAUUCUGGCACAUAGCGGCAUGUUGGGAAUUAGAGGAAAAUAAUGAUAAAGAGAAAGCACGGCAUUAUCUUCUUAGAGGUUUACAGACACAUCCUGAUUCUCAAUUAUUAUAUAUUGACUCUUUUAAGUUUGAAUUGAACAAUCCUUUAGAUCCAGCUCCUAGUAAUGAAAAUACCGAGAACCAGGGAAACAACUCGGUCACAAACGAUAGUGAGAUACCACGUCCAUUGAAACCAGCAUUCUUUGUAUACCAACAGGCUUUUGAGCGCAUUAAGGAUAUUAAAUUUAUAAUAGAGUUGCUUAAUAUCACAAACGACUACAAUAAUAUUGAGCCGUUGCAGAAAAAGAUCAUCUAUGACAUGAUUCAGGAGUACUCUCAUGAACCCUUGAUGUGGGAUACAAUGGCGCGUCGUGAAUUACAAGGUCUAGUGCAACCAGAUUUCAGUGGCACACCAAUGGAAAUAGACGCCGAACAGAUUACUUUGAGAGAUCGCAUUACAUCAUGCAUCGCUGUUUACCAAGCUGCUGUUAAAACAAUCAAAACUGCAGAGAUCUGGUCUUUGUAUAUAAAAUGUUUAUUGGAAAUUAAUCGUGAUCUUCGUUCGUUACCAAAUUUUAAACGUAAACUCUUAAAAACUGCUUUGAUGCAAGCUCAUCAGGCGAAAAAAUUGAAAGAGGAGCACUAUUUACAUUGGAUUGAUAUGUUGAAUGCGGACAAGGAGCACAAUGAAGACGUGCGGAAAAAAUUAGAAGAGGUGUUGCGCGGAGCGACCGAUGCUCUGCCAAAUAGCGUCAGUAUUUGGCACGCACGACUCAAAUAUUUGUUGCAGUGUGGCCUGGAGGAGGAAGCAUAUACUUUAUUUCCGAAGGUAACGGAAAUAUUGGGCGGGAAAGCGUUACCCUUAUGGAAAAUGCGUAUCUUGCAUGCACAAAUAAAAAGCUCGGAAAAGGCUGAGAAGAGCUUUCAAGCGGCUUUGGUACAACCAUCGAUAGCAAAAAAUAUUCAGCCUAUGUGGCUUGAAUGGCUCGUUUUAGCGAAAGACAUACAUGCUGUUCGCACCGCGUACUGGGGUUUUUGUAAAUCAAUGUCUUCUUCGUUGGAAUUGCACAAGGAGAUGAUCAAGUUGGACCUUUUACAACCGGAGAUCGAGGCGAAAAACGUGCGGGAAUAUUACGAAAAUGCGACACGGCAGUUUGGGACCAACAACACAGCCCUCUGGCUAGAAUAUAUCGAGUUCGAGAAGAAAUACGGAGACGGGAAAAAAAUCGACAAUAUCUACCAACGGGCACUCAGGACGUUAGAUCGUAGCUUAACAUACACCUUUAUGGCGGAUUACAGCUUGAUUACGGCUCGUUAGAUCUGUUCUUUUUAGCUAAACUUCACACAGUUCAUGUUUUUUCUUUUUUUCUUUAACGAAAAAAAAGGAAAGAUGAUUUUUGCAAGUUCAGUAAAAAAAGGACAGGCAUCUUGUUCCAUAAAGCCCAUCGCACAUGAAAACUUGGAGCACAUACUCUUGCAUAACAUAUUAUGCAUAACGCAUAAGAAAAUUUAUUAAUCAGAAUCUUUUGCUUCUCUUCCUAAUAUAUAAAUAAACUCUUGGUAAAUUCUCUUAUGCAUUAUACAAAAAUCUGUUCCUAACUAAAGUACAUAACAGAAUUUAAGACCGCUGAACCAAUGAGCAUUUAGAAUAAAAUUGUCAUAUUUAUUGUAUUGCUGCUAUUAUAUAAGAUGCUCAUUGGUCCAAAUAGUUUAUACUAUUAGUUUUAUAUGCAGCUUUAUGCUAUUUUAUGUAUGAUGAACUUAAAAUGUUUAGACUUGCAUUGUACGUUCCAUAUAAUUGUGUAACCUAUAGCCGGUGUUCAUAAUUGUUUCUUAUUUUAAGAAAUGUCUUAAGGAAUGUCUUAAGACGCUAAUACGGUUUUCUGAUUGGUUGAUGACAUCUUAAGAUGGUAAAUAUAAGAAUCGACUAUGAAUACCGGCCUAUGCUACGAAAUCUAGCUUGUGCUAGAAAUCGAUCCGAGAUCUCGGAUAAAGUGAAUUGGCCAAUCAUAUUUAUAUAAUUCAGUCACCUAAUUAAUGCGAGAUUGAUUCAUUUUCUAUUCGAGAUUUCGAGCCGAUUUCUAACGUUAUGAAUAAUAGGUUUUACAAGUGUAUUUCUUGAAAUUUAUAAAAAUAAAUACAUAUUCGAAA